GUAGUGGAGCCGGACAUUCGCCAUUCAGUCUCCACAACAACAUACGUCUGUCAUGUCUGGGAAGCCGAAGGGAACCUAAACGUCCCCCCCUAAAAACUGCAACCUUCUGCAGGAGUUACAUUAUCCGCCUUGAAAUAACUUACAUUUCGAUGGAUAUUGGCCACAGGAAGGUUAUAACAACUGAAAGGAAGCUGUAAUGCGGCUUAAUUCGGCUUUGCCUUGAAAAGCCCAUAGGUAAAGAGGUCUUGGACUCGGCUCAAGCCCUCGACGAUUCUAUCGCCCAUUUUAGACUUCCGAAGCAACUGUCACCAUGGUACCAACGCCAACACCGACCCCAUUGGAGAGUGGGAGUGGAGGAGGCCCAAUGGAAGCUGUCGGAACAAUGGGUGGGCAAAUGGGGACAAUAUCAUUAGGCGUAUUGAUACAGUACAUUAAUCAGCGGACUUAUUCCGAUCUGUUGAACUUGGCUGAAAUCUUACCAAGAAAGAGUGAUGUGGAGAAGAAAGUUGAUAUUGUCCAGUAUGCCCAGAGAACUAGACAGCUUUAUGUUCGCCUCUUAGCUCUCGUGAAAUGGGCAGCAAGUGCUUCCAAAGUGGACAAGUGCAAUCACAUAAUGGCAUUAUUGGAGAAGCAGAAUAACCUUUUCACCGACACAGCUGAUAAAUUAUAUCACAUAACAAAAGGAGAUCUUGUACGAGCACGCUUGCCUCACUUCCACAUUCCAGCUGCUGUGGAAGUUCUUACGACGGGAACGUACGACAGACUUCCGAUGACUAUAAGACAGCGUAUUUUGCCUCCAGAUCCCAUUACAGCCAUUGAACGCAAACAGACCCUUACCAGAUUGGAACAAAUAGUUCGCCAUCGCCUAGUGACUUUCGAACUUCCACCACAAAUGAGAACAUUAAGGAUUGAGAAUGGCCGCGUCAGGUUCACAGUCGAUCACGAGUUUGAGGUGAGCUUGACCCUAAUGGGAGAUGGAACCUCAGAACCUUGGAGGCUUUUGGAAAUUGAAAUUCUUGUCGAGGAUAAAGAAACUGGGGAUGGAAAACCACUUGUUCAUCAAAUGCAGAUUGCAUUCAUUCACCAGCUUGUGCAGUCCAGAAUACAGGAUAACCCAAAUCCUCUUCAUGAGACCUAUAUGGUAUUGCAUGCAUUUUGUCAGGCUCUUCAGCUGGAGGUCCUGUGUGUACAGACCAAGAAGCUUCUUGAAGACAGAUUAGACUAUCACAUCCGCAUUGAGGAGUACCUGCAAGGGAAAUCUCUAACUCUGACUUAUUGGCGAGAAUUAGCACAACGUGAUCCAUCGGCCCAACUUGGCUAUCGCCUUACUGUUCAGGUUGACCCUACAGAACCAUCAAAACCUCUCAUGGUGCUUCAUACGCCUUCCCUAAGUUCAAAGGAAUCAGAAAUAGCAGAAAGAGCAAUACGAAGUGACCAUCUUUCCAUUGAACGCCUUCUGGUACAUACCAUUUAUUUGAGGACCAAAGCACGGCUCUCUGACCUCAAGCAAGACUUAGAUUCCAAGCUUGGUGCAGAUGCUGAAAAAUGUCAACUUAGUGGCUCACCUGCUGUUCUCCAUGUUCCUGUGUUGCAGCCAAACCUUCGUUCAGAACAGUUACUGAUCACUGUGGAUACCCAUACUGGAAUCCUUCUUCCUCACGUUCCCCAGUAUGACAAUUGUCCUAUUAUAUCAGAUUUGCAACAAGCGCUCAAUCAGGACCGAAGUAAAGUAGAUGAUCUCAUUUCUGAAUUAAGGUAUUGGCUGAUGAUGAGACGCACAGAGAAAACUCUACAGCAUCUUCCAGCAACUGCUCAUGAAAGACUUCCUUUGAUGUAUUAUGCAACACACCCAUUAAAUACCCUUGGAAAGCACAAAGCCUACAUCACAUUCCAUAAGCACCCUGGUUAUGUACUGAUUUUAGAGUUCAAUGAGAAGGAGGGCAGUCCAUGUGAGGUUGAGCAGUCACUGUAUUUCAUGGUUGUCAAACAAGCUAGUAUUGAAGAUAAUCCUGAUGAUGACACCGUGGAAACAUCUUUACCAAAGUCAUACAUGCGAGCGUAUGACCUAGAAAAGCUUGAUUCAUUUGUAUGCACUCAUGGUCCUUCCACUAAAGUUGAUGUUGUUGAACCAGGUGAACGAGCACUUGGAGGUAAAAGGAAAUUACAGCUGCGUGCAGAACCAGCCAGUAAGCGUGUCAAAGUUCCCGCUUAUUUCUUACCUGAUGUUGCACAGUGUGUUGCAAUGUGUGAUAUGAAGUUACCCCUCAUCCAUCUAUCAAGAAAGUUACGAGAACGGAAUGUAUUCAAUACUGGAGAGCAAAUUGAAGAAGGUGGUAUGGGUGUUUUAUUGAGGCUAAUAGAUCUUCCAACCACUGAAAACCUAUCCAAGAGUACUAUAGUAGCAUUACGUAAACAUCUACUUUCAGCCUCUAUUAGGACUCAGCAAGCUAAAGGCUCGAGAGUAUUUGGAAUGGAGUACCUCUUUACGCAUUCCCCAGUGACAAGUCUCCACGGUCGUGAACAAGGUCCCAGACGCUCUGUUUAUUUCACUUAUGAGGUCACCAGUGCUGAGAACAUGAGUGCCACUGUUGAUGCCAUAUUAGCAGAUUGGAUUGUGAUCUCCUCACUGUAUGAGCUUGUACUUACCUUUGCAGCAGAACUUUCAGCUUCGAGAGCUGGUGUGGAAUCUGCUGGCAGCAGCAGCAGCUGUAGUAGCAACAUUGCUCCCAAAACACUGAGUGAAAUGGUUCGUGUCAAGUCUUUCAACUACAAAAGUAUUACUGUAGCCUAUGGAGACAGUUUUGAUGCAUUUGUUGUCCUACGCUACAGUGCGGAAAAGAAAUCUUUCGUUUUAAGUUUUGGAAUGAGUGGAGAAGGGGUAUGGGCCACAAAUCCGCAUACAGUAAUGCAAGACCAUCUUCAAGACUUAGUAAAUCAUAGAGGUCACAUGGGCCUUGUUGAUUUGGCAAUAACUUUGCAUCACACAUAUCAUCCUCUUUUAGCAAUUUCCAAGCUGUCGCCUACGAUUCACCUUGGAGUCAUUGAUAAGCGACAGCAGCCCAUCAAAAACUUCACCAUUCUCCCUCAGUCUCCCACAAGGGUCAGCAUUGUGUAUCGUAAUGUAUAUUGCCUUAAUGUUGAUAUGCUUCCUAAUGGGUUAGUAGCAGUCAGAGAUGGUGCAUUCAGCAGCUUUGAUACUUCCAAGGUGAUAGAAGAAUUUAUUCCUGUGCAAGGCCUCAAGGCCUUCUUGAGCAAGUAUGUCGAUGAGUCUGCUAUUAAUAGAAGGCGCUCACAGUCAGAAGAUGACAAUCCACCUACACCUAUUCCAAUGGAUGAUACUUCAUGGCCUACUCCAAAGGCUGGCUCACCAGCUCGUCAUGGACCCAUGACUCCACCUAUUUCUUCCAAUCCUCAUACUCCAGCAAGUCCCCAUCCAGGUGGCAUUACCCAGACAAGUGCACACAGUGGCUUUGUUUCAAGUCCUGCUACAAGUGGUUUCUCCCUUGCGUCUCCACCGUCACUCCCUGGCAUGAAUCCGUCACCGGCCAUGUUACCUCAUCAGUCUCCUGGUGGCGGUUUUCUGGGGGCAAAUUCUCCAUCUGCCCCCCAGCACAGUGUGGCUUCGCCUGUUCCGUUCUUAGCCCCGUCUCCAGCUGCCCCUCACUCAGUUCCAAUGCAUUCCCCAGCAUCUGCAUUCAUGCAAGGUCCAGUUGGUACGUCGUCAUCAUACACAUCUCGAGUUUUACCCAACAAGCCAUAUGCAGCAGCUGUACCAACCACUCUAACGCAUGAUGCAUUUUAUACACUCUGUUCUCCUGCUCAGAUUGAUGAAGGGGGAGACAAUAGUUUGGUGUGUCUAUUGGAACAGUUCCUUGGCAUGACAUAUUUAAAGAGACAUUUCCAACAGCAGUGCCGAUGUGAAGGAAUUAAACCAUUGGGUGAUAUUGAACCAGGAAGUAUCCAGUUCAAAACAGACACACUUAGUUGUCAGAUGCUUGUACAAAGCUCUCCUGCGUACAAUCUGGUUUUGAAGUUACAGCCAUUGCCAGAACAUACGGAACAAUGGAACAGUGAUGAGUUACAGGUACUUGAGAAGUUCUUCAGCGUCAAAGUCCUCGUGCCGCCAUUUAGGCCUUUCGCUGUCCAGUCAUUUUACAGCAUCCUAAAGUUUCCCAUCAGAGUUUUGAAGGAUUGCAUACGCAUCAUGCAGCUGGAACUGAUGCCCACACCACAACAGCAGCAGCAAAUGAAGUGGAAUAUUCAGUGGUGCUUGACUAAUCCCCCUAUUGGACCUCAUAUUGCUCCUCCAGGUCUCUAUGUGGUAGUUGUAUCCCGCAGUAAAAUCUUGUUUUUCCUUCAGUUAAUAAGAACAAAUAUUCAGUUGUCUCCAGAGACAGAACCACCCAGUUUGAUGCUGCCCGUUGUUUAUGACACAGUAACAAACAAAACUCAAAUGGCUGAGCGUCGAGAACAGAGUAAUAACCCAAGUGUGACCUUACAGGUCAUUAAUGAAAUCAUGGGUCGUGUUGCAGUCCAGCAGAAUGAAUUGAGCUUAUUCCCUUGCAUUAGAGAACUUGUGUGUAACUUGACUUUAGGCCCUGAUGGCAAUGUCAUUGCAUCACCAGUAACUCCAGCUAGUAGUCAAGGUACUCCAACCUCAAGUGGAGGAACAGUGUCCCAGGCUUUAACUUCACCACACUUAGUAGCCUCUCCUCACAUGUCAUCUCCAGUAACACCAGGAGGAUCCUCUAGUGUCACAGCAGCAGUUCAGCCAUCAUUAACCUCUACAAUGUCUCAAGGGUUGAUGUCUUCAAGUACAGGUACCAUUACAACAAAUGUGCCUCCCCUUACGUCAUCAGGUAUGAUGGCCAAUAUGGCUCCAGGGUCACAUUUCACUGGGCCUAAGCCUGGUGGAACAGUUGGGCAUAUGUCACAAACUAUGGGGACCAUGGGCUCUAUGGGACCACAAGGACCCAUGCAGAAUAUGCAGGGUACUAUGUGCACUAUGUCUGGCAUGCAGUCUGGCCACAUGCAGCAGCCGAUGACUUCCAUGGCUGGAGGCAUUAUGCAGCAGCAGCCAGGUGGAGGAACUCGAGGGAUGCAAGGUCCCGGGCCUACAAAUGUGCAAGGAGGUCCAAAUCAAGUGGGAGUAGGCUCAGGUAAUAUGCAGGGUAUGCAAACAAUGCAAGGAGGAGGAGGAAUGCAAGGAUUGUCAGCUAUGCAAGGAGGCCCUGGUGGAAUGCAGGGAGGCCCUAAUGUACAAGUAGGACCUGGUGGGAUGCAGACAGGUCCAGGUGGGAUGCAGACAGGUCCAGGUGGAAUGCAGACAGGACCAGGUGGAAUGCAGUCAGGGCCUGGAGGAAUGCAGGCAGGUCCUGGUGGGAUGCAGACUGGACCAGGUGGAAUGCAAGCAGGGCCUGGAGGUAUGCAAGGGGGACCAGGAGGAAUGCAAGGUGGACCUGGUGGAAUGCAAGGUGGACCUGGUGGAAUGCAGGGAGGACCAGGAGGAAUGCAAGGUGGAUUUGGAAGUGGAAUGAUGGGAAAUCAGUUCAACAGAAAUAUGUAGAAUCUCUUGACUCAGUUUAUAAGACAGUUUUCAUACCUGUUUACCUGAAGGCUUCAUGUACUCUGAAUACAAAAAAAAGAAUGACAUUUGCAGGACAGAUUCCAAGUGGAUGACAGCAAAGCAGUGCUUGUAAAGGGUUGUAGGAUUGUAUUGUUUUAAAAUGCUAUGGUAGAAGUUUUGUUUAGUAUUUUCAGCAUUAAUGUACAUAAUAUAUUGUCAGUGUUAGCUGUAUCUAUAUUUAUUUUUACAUGAAUCACAGACUUAUUAGGAAGACAAGAAGAAUUUUCGUCAGGCGUUAAUUUUGCUUUUAGUAAAUGAGUUCAGCUAAUUAUAUGCUAGCAUGUAAUUUGGGUAGAUUUUGUGUUGGAAAACAUUGGAAUCUUGUUUUUGCAGUAUAGAGGAAAAUAUGAGAAAGUUACUCAAUAUAGGAAAAGGAAAAUCAUGAGUGAAAUUACUAAAAAGGCAUGAUUUUUUGUAGAACCAGUUAUUUUCUUAGAUGUUUAUCUGAUGGCCUCUUGUAGGUUUUCAUUUUUAAGAUGGCCAAACAGUAAAGUGGUUUAGCAUCUGCUGACUGCUGUAGAAAUCUCCUCUAAAUGUGAUGGGUAUCCAGUCCAUUAGCAUAUAAAGGAUAAUUCUUAUAGCAUAUAUUAGCAAUUUUUAUGUUAGCCUGGAACCAGCUCGAGAAGACCUGUUGUUAGACUCAGAGUUCUGGAUAAACUAAUCCUUUAUAAUAAUACAUAAUAUGUUAGCCUGCAAUGUUAGGUGAGAUGUCUUGAAAGGAGAGAGAGUUGACUAUAUCGGCAUUGAAAAGGGUUUUAAGGUUUGGUCUUUCAAUAUUGUUAUUUAAAGAGAAAAUCAUGUUAAUGUUUGGCGUUGAUAAAAUGAGUUGUGUUUACAGGUAUGUUUAGUUUGCUUUCAAUUUUGAUUGUACAGACAUUUCAAGUUAGAAUUGAAGUCAGAGGUAUAUAAGAAGCUUCCUGCACCCUUUAUGAUGUGUAUUCCAUAUAUUAUAUAAAUAAUCAGGGUAUCAGUACAGAACUAGAUUGAACAGUUAAUAUGUCUUGUGAGCUUUUAAACAUAACGUUUGAAGUACAAGUUGUUGUCAUAUAAUGUUAAACGGACAUCACCGCCUGCUUUCCCUGGUGAGUAUUUUUUUAUUCUGACACUAGAGCUCAAUUAUAGUGGAUUGCCUGUGCUACUUCUUUCUGUCAGCUUUUUCGAGGAGUAUUAUCAUCUUGGUCAUAUAGCAACCUUUGUUGAAUGCCAAACAUUUUUACCAAAAUCACCAUGUUGGUGUUGUAAUAUAACACAGUAAUAUUCAAAAUCAUGCCUGGUUGUCAUGUGUGAGAGGAUUUAUGGAUUUACCUUAUUUUUUGUUUGAAAGACUUCCAGGUGAUUUUCAACAUGAGUCAGCUUAUUUGACAACUGAACUGUUGUCUCAUGUAUAUAAUUGUAUAUAAUAUACUGUGGUGUAUUGAUGUAUACUGUAUUUGUAAAUUUGUUUACAUUAUCUUGUAGAUUUAUAGACAUAUUUUCUCUACAGAGGUAAAAGUAUGAAAAUAAUAAGGGAAUUUUUUCCUUUUUUAUGUCAAA